GUGGAAAUUUGAGCAAAACCGGAAGCCAUGGCCGGAAGUGGUUUUAGAGGACAAGGGGCAGAUAGAAGAAGCAACGAGAGGGGCGUCUUCGCGGAAAGGGACGUCUGGGCUUUUUCUUUCUUCUCGUCAGCGCCUACCGAGGAGCAGCCUCUGGAGGUGGAGCCCCAUCCCUAUAUCCACUCUUCGUUUCCUACCUUCAGCCUAUAUAAAGAGUCUGGGGCAUUCUGAGGCUUGAAGGAGAUUGGAAGAGAAGCCAUGGCAGAGCGCAAGUUGACUCGCAUCCAUAGUUUCCGGGAGCGUCUUGGUGACUCGUUGUCUGCCCAUCCGAAUGAAUUGUUGGCCCUGUUUUCAAGAUUUGUUAACCAGGAAAAGGGAAUGCUGCAACCCCAUCAAUUGCUUGCGGAGUUUGAGGCUGUAUUCUCUGAGGGAGAGAGGGAAGCACUGAAAGAUGUCUUCGAAAGUGUUUUGAGAGCUGCACAGGAAGCAAUAGUCAUAGCCCCAUGGGUUGCUCUUGCUAUUCGGCCAAGGCCUGGUGUCUGGGAAUAUUUACGGGUUAAUGUGAAUGAGCUGGCUGUGGAGGAGUUGACUGUAUCUGAGUACUUGCAGUUUAAGGAGCAACUUGUGAAUGGAGGUAACCAGGAUAACUUUGUAUUAGAGUUGGACUUUGAACCAUUCAAUGCUUCCUUUCCUCGGCCUUCACUGUCGAAAUCAAUUGGUAAUGGAGUGCAGUUCCUCAAUCGACACCUCUCUUCAAAACUGUUUCAUGACAAAGAAAGCAUGUACCCACUGCUUAAUUUUCUUCGGGCACACACAUAUAAGGGAAUGACAAUGAUGUUAAAUGAUAGAAUACAAAGCCUUAGUGCUCUCCAAGCUGCACUAAGAAAGGCAGAGGAAUAUCUGUUGAGUGUCCCAGCAGACACUCCAUAUUCAGAGUUUAAUCACAGAUUUCAAGAGCUUGGUUUAGAAAAGGGUUGGGGUGAUACAGCGCAGCGUGUCAGUGAGACUGUUCAUCUACUCCGUGAUCUCCUUGAAGCACCUGAUCCUUGUACCCUAGAGAAAUUUCUUGGUACAAUUCCUAUGGUGUUUAAUGUUGUCAUCUUAUCUCCACAUGGAUACUUUGCCCAAGCUAAUGUUUUGGGAUACCCUGACACUGGAGGCCAGAUAGUCUAUAUUUUGGAUCAAGUUCGUGCACUAGAGAGUGAAAUGCUUCUUAGAAUAAAGCAGCAAGGUCUAAAUAUCACUCCUCGAAUUCUUAUUGUGACUAGAUUACUACCUGAUGCAAUUGGGACCACUUGUGGUCAGCGGCUUGAGAAAGUCCUUGGCACAGAGCACACACACAUUCUGCGGGUUCCAUUUAGAACUGAAAAGGGAAUCCUUCGCAAAUGGAUCUCACGCUUUGAUGUAUGGCCUUACCUUGAAACUUACACUGAGGAUGUUGCAAAUGAACUGGCUGGAGAACUGCAGGCAACCCCAGAUCUCAUUAUUGGAAACUACAGUGAUGGAAAUCUAGUAGCAUCUUUGCUGGCACAUAAACUAGGAGUUACUCAGUGUACCAUCGCCCAUGCCUUGGAGAAAACAAAGUAUCCAAAUUCAGAUAUAUACUGGAAAAAGUUUGAGAACCAGUACCAUUUUUCUUGUCAGUUUACUGCUGAUCUAGUUGCUAUGAAUUAUGCUGAUUUCAUUAUCACCAGUACUUUCCAAGAGAUCGCUGGAAGCAAGGACACUGUCGGGCAGUAUGAGUCUCACAUUGCAUUUACCCUCCCUGGGCUCUACCGAGUGGUUCACGGAAUUGAUGUAUUUGAUCCAAAGUUCAACAUUGUUUCCCCUGGAGCUGAUAUGUCUAUUUACUUCCCAUACACAGAGGAGAGCAAGAGAUUGACUUCUCUCCACCCUGAAAUUGAGGAGCUCCUCUUCAGUUCUGUUGAGAACUCUGAACACAAGUUUGUAUUGAAUGACCGAAAUAAGCCUAUUGUCUUCUCGAUGGCAAGAUUGGACCGUGUGAAGAACAUAACAGGUCUGGUUGAGCUGUAUGGAAGGAAUGCCCGUCUGAGGGAACUGGUCAACCUUGUCGUUGUGGCUGGAGACCAUGGGAAGGAAUCCAAGGAUCUUGAGGAACAAGAAGAGCUAAAGAAGAUGUACAGGCUCAUUGAUCAGUACAAAUUGAAUGGCCAGAUCCGCUGGAUCUCUGCCCAGAUGAACAGGGUUCGCAACGGUGAGCUGUACCGCUACAUCGCUGAUACUAAAGGAGCCUUUGUACAGCCGGCAUUUUAUGAAGCAUUUGGGCUCACAGUCAUCGAAGCCAUGACAUGUGGCCUGCCCACAUUUGCGACAGCUAAUGGAGGGCCAGCAGAGAUCAUAGUUCAUGGUGUUUCUGGCUUCCACAUUGAUCCUUACCAGGGCGACAAAGCUGCCGAGCUUCUAGUCAGUUUCUUUGAGAAAUGCAGGGAAGACCCCACCCACUGGAAUAAAAUUUCACUAGGAGGGCUGAAGAGAAUUGAAGAGAAGUAUACUUGGAAGCUGUAUUCUGAAAGGUUGAUGACAUUGGCUGGUGUUUAUGGAUUUUGGAAGUACGUCUCCAAGCUCGAGAGGCGAGAAACCCGUCGUUACCUUGAGAUGUUUUAUGCUCUCAAAUAUCGUAACUUGGCACGCUCUGUCCCUUUGGCUGUGGAUGGAGAGACCACCAGCAAUGGUCCGAAGUGAUGACAAGGGGAGGUAGACUCUAGUGUUUGCUAGUGAUUUAGGAUUCAGAUGGAAAAGCCUCUGUUAUCUUCCUUUCUGUUCUUUCUUUUGGAUUGGCACCUUUUUCUCCUUCCUUUUCUAUUAGAAUCAUUUGUAAGGGCGUUUUUUGUGUUUUACCAAGUGUGGAAGACUGUUUGAUGCUUUCUGAAUGUGAUUCUACAUGUGAGGCUUAAUGCCAAAGUUCUGGGAAAUACAAAUACUUUAUCUAA